AUGUAUGAUAGAACUGUCCGAGGGAGUGUUUAAAAGAGGAAAGCACCAUUCUUCUGUGUGCUGGAUCGCUAUCUUGAGACCCUCCUCUGCUCAAUGACGAAAGCACGGGUGUGAAUUGAAUUUGAACGGGCAACCGGCUGUGUUUUUUUCUGUGAUUUUCUUGAUUCCUGACGGUUAUACCACGGUGAAGGCAAUUUGCUCGGGCUCUGUUGGAGCAUCAGGAAGAGUUUCCCAAGGGUUCUUAAUAGGAUAACCUUUCGCGAAUUGGGACAGUGGGUAAUAGAAAAUCAUACAAGGGUUUAACAAAUGGAGAUGUUGGUGGGCAUAAAGCACAUCUUCUGGUUUGUCUCUCUUUGCAGCGCUGCAAUACACGGGGACUCACACCAGCGGAUGAGAGUAGAGAAGAGUCCUCCAGUAUGGGGUUUUCUGGCAGAAAAGGUGGUUCUGCCCUGCCAUUUUUCCACACUAUCAACAUCAGUGCCUUUGCCCAAUUCUGCCCUGACCACCACCAUCACUUUGACUACUACAUCCAAAUCUGUCACUGGCACACCAGUAGACCACCUCCGCAUCAAGUGGACAAAGCUGGAAGGUGACACUGAGGCCACAGUACUGGUGGCUCAGGAUGGGGUCAUUAAAAUUGGGCCAGACUACAGAGGCAGAGUGUCUGUGCCAAGCCACCCUGAGGGUGUAGGGAAUGCUUCUCUGACUGUGGUAAAACUUAGGGCUAGUGAUGCUGGAGUCUACCGCUGUGAGGUCAUGCAUGGCAUUGAAGACACCCAGGACACUGUCUUUUUAGAUGUUUUUGGUGUUGUAUUUCAUUAUCGAGCUAGCACCAGUCGAUACAGUUUCAAUUUUGAAAGAGCCAAACAAGCCUGCAAAGAUACAGGGGCAACCAUUGCCACAGUAGAGCAGCUGACUGCAGCCUAUGAAGAUGGCUUUGAGCAAUGUGAUGCUGGAUGGCUGGCUGACCAAACAGUCAGAUACCCCAUUACAAGGCCCAGGGAAGGUUGCCAUGGUGAUAAGAUAGGGAAACCAGGCAUUAGAACAUAUGGACUCCGAGAUCCCACAGAAACCUACGAUGUGUACUGUUAUGUGGACAAACUUGAAGGUGAAGUGUUUUAUCCUCCUAUCAGCACUAAGUUAACUCUUCAGGAAGCUAAAAAGGAAUGUGAGAAACUCGGAGCAGUUCUGGCCUCUCCCGGACAGCUACAUGCAGCUUGGAGGGAGGGCCUGGAUCACUGUGACUUUGGCUGGCUGUCAGACGGCAGUGCACGCUAUCCCAUCUCAGUGCCCAGGAUGCAGUGUGGCAGAGGCUCACUGGGGGUCCGGACUAUGUAUCGUUUCAUCAACCAGACCGAGUAUCCGUUGCCCACCCAGAAACUUGGAGCCUUCUGUUUUAAAGGACAAGAUCCCACAACUGACCCCACAGAGAUGCUCCAAACCUCGUUGCCCACAGUAACCGUCUCCAUUAUGGGUUCCACAACUCAAAUCACAGACUAUGAUGUGGAUGAUUUGAGCCAGAGUAUUAACCAAGUAGAUGCAGUGCCUGAUCGAGGAGUGCCUCAUCUCACACAGCUGCCCCCUCUUCCCACCAUGAAGAGCAUUUCUCCUCAGCUAGACAUCACAGCAGAUAUUGCUUCUACAGAAGCUGGCAGCAGAGGAGAAGCAGACAUAUCAGAAGCUGUUACACAACAAAUGACUGUGGUCCAAGAGCCCUCUAUCUCUAAGCAAGACACAAACAAGCUAGCUGUAGUGUAUAAAGAACUCAAGGAGGGCUCAACUGAAAGGGAAGGCACAGUAAUAACAGCUCUAGCCACCUCUGAUACCCCUGUGAACAAAACCACAGUAAGCAUGACUGAAGAAACACUGGUAACUGCAGAGAGUACCAUCAGGAUAACAGAAGAGGAAGGCAAGAGUGCAACAGCUGAAGACUUCAGCACCCAACCAGUAAUCCAAAGUCCACUUUCUGGCACCAAGGGAAAUAGAUCUGCCUCUGCACCUCCUAUUAAUGUCAUUGUAAUUGAUAUGAAAUAUAAUGUGUCAGCUGAUCACAUAGCGGGGAUAAUUGGAGAAGGAGUUCCCCUUGAUUCCCAGUUUUCAUUCUUUCCUAAGCCAACCACAUCAUCUCUUGAAAGCAAACAUGGUUUGAUUAGUGAAGAUUUUGAUGAAGUCCCUUCAUCCUCUUUUACCACCAACCCAGUUCUGACUUUCAUCAAUGGGAAGCAUGAGCUAAAUUUUAAAGCGGAGACUGAGGAAACUCUGGAAGCAAUAGGAGCUCAGUUUGAGACAGCAAGCCCAAUAGUAAGUAAGGAGAAGCUGGAAGAACCUGAGAUAGCAGUAAUUACCUCUUCGGCAGUGGUAACUGAACUCAGUUCUUCAGAAAGCAUUUUGCAUGACACAGUCACAACUUCUGAGAUCCCUCAAAUUCUAACCACAAAAAUUUUAUUAGAUGAAACACCAGUUUAUGAGUCAAUCAGCAAAACAUCUACUUUUGAUGAGGGUUUUGGCAGACACCCUAAAGAUGAUGAGUUGCCUCCCCCGGUAGGCUCUGCAUAUUAUGUCCUGCCAACAACAGCUUUUUACAGUCAAGAGGAGGUGGUUACAGAUGAAUCAGAAAUCCCUGAGUUAGAGAAGACUUCAACGACAGUAAGUAUAGAGUUCCCCACCAAAAUACCAUUUAUGGAAUUUGCUAUCACUACAAGUCACAGCAAUUUUGAUAGAGAGAGGCAGUCAUACACAGAUGACUAUGAAGGAUCUACAUCAUCAGCUGAGGAUGGCUCAGCACAAUAUCAGUAUUCACUUAAAGGCUCAAAACCAAGCCCACCUCCUGCCAUUACUGUUUCAUCCCUUCUUUCCACUGUCUCGCCCAAAGCUAUUGAUUCUACAACUCUAAGCCAGACUGUUACACUGAUAUCUCCCAGCACAGAAGGAAAAAUUACAAGUCUUUUUUCCAUCUCUAAGGAGAAUGCGAUGCCUGGAUGGGUUACCUCUGAUACUAAAACAGAGGUGGAUGAUGUUAAAGGAACUGAGAUCCCUCUGUCAGUGCCAGAAUCAGAGAUGGUCAAAAGCACAGUUUUUUCCAUCACUAAAGAUGAAAACCACAGUGAGCAACCAGCUGAAACAUUUUCAAGAGAGAAGGCUCUCACUGCAACAACUGUCCAAUCGCAUUUUAUUCAUCAAACUGCAGUCACUGAAAAGACUUUUACAGAUGCUGCAGUACGCAAGCAAUUUGAAGGUUCUGCCCGAAGUGAAACUGUGUCCAAACUUACCACACAAAGUCCAUUGAGCGUGGUUACUAGUAUCUCCACAAUAGACCAAGAGAGGUCUGCAAGAUCUAAAUUCACUGCAGUUGAUCAUAAAACUACAACCCCUAUCUCUGAAGAUCACACGUCUGAGGCGACUGUUCUAACAGCCACUUUUUCUACACUCUUCACUGAGCAAGUUCUAACCUCCACUCCUGAGCAUGUGCAGGAACAUGUCAAAGUUGUAACUCAGCAUUUUGCCACAGAGGAAUUCCUCACCUCACCAGUUCAAGCAACUACUGCCAUGCCAUUUGAUGAGGACUUUGAUGGUGUAGGUAGUCUAUCAGUAGUUGCUGUACGUCCACACAAGAAAAAGGUAACUACAGUAGACACACAUGCAGGGGCUGAUAAUGUAACCACGGUGGUGGGGCACACAGUGGACUUGCCAGAUUUUACAUUGUGUGUAGUAAAUAUUUGUGACAAUGGAGGAACAUGUUUCUUUAAUGGUAAAAGCAACAUUUGUCUUUGUAUGCCUGGAUUCACUGGGGAUAACUGUGAAAAUGAUAUUGAUGAAUGUCAAUCCAAUCCUUGCCGUAAUGGGGCCACCUGUAUUGAUGGACAUAAUUCUUUCACUUGUGUCUGUCUACCCAGCUACUCGGGUGCUCUCUGUGAACAAGAUACGGAGACUUGUGACUUUGGCUGGCAUAAGUUUCAGAGCCACUGUUACAAGUACUUCACUCAUAGGCGCACCUGGGAUGCAGCUGAGAGAGAGUGUCGCCUACAUGGAGCUCACCUGGCCAGUGUGCUCUCCCAUGAGGAGCAACUCUUUGUCAAUCGUUUGGGUCAUGACUACCAGUGGAUCGGAUUAAAUGACAAGAUGUUUGAGAAUGACUUUCACUGGACAGAUGGCAGUGCCAUGCAAUAUGAGAACUGGAGACAGGGCCAGCCAGACAGCUUCUUCUCCACAGGUGAAGACUGCGUGGUGAUGAUCUGGCAUGAGGCAGGUCAGUGGAAUGAUGUGCCAUGCAACUACCACCUGACUUUCACCUGCAAAAAAGGCACAGUGGCCUGCAGUCAACCACCCAUUGUGAAGGAUGCACAUAUUUUUGGUAGCAUUAAGCCACGCUAUGAGAUCAACUCUCUAGUGAGGUAUCACUGUAAAGAUGGCUUUAUCCAGAGACAUGUACCCACCAUUAGGUGCAGACCGGACGGCCACUGGGACAAACCCAAAAUCAUAUGCAUGAAGCCAUCUACAUACCAGAAGACUUACUCCCAAUAUUACCAAGCCAAUAACAAAAACCGCUACAAUGGGUGGGUGCAGCAGAACUGGGGCAAAAAAGGGGAACAGACCAAACACUGAUCUCCACUCAAAAUCACAGGCAGAGGACACGCUUCAACACAGAGCAAUUCUACAGUCUAAAGGGACAAACUGACAAACUUGAAUCAUGUGCCUUUGAAUGUUUUAUUUAAUGCUCAUGAUCUAUAGUUAAACAAAUAAACAAGGAAUUGUCUUACAGCAAUGCAGAAAUUACAUCAUUGAUGAAGUACACUUGCUAUCUUUGACUAUGCAAUACUGUAAUUCUAUAUUAAGUCUUAAAGUUUAUAGUGAAAAGGUGGAGAGUACCUGUCAAAAAAGUAAAUAAGGGCAAAUUAAUUGUGACGAUCUGAACUGUAACUUCUUAGUGUAGAGGUUCAGAUUUUUUUGUUCCUUCUAUGCAGUAAAAGGCACGAAACUACAGUAUGCAUACCAAUAGGCCAAGAGUAACAAAACAGAAGAGAAGUCACAAGACUUGAGGAAGACAAUGCUCAAAGGACUGCAACUCAUGACUUCAUCACUAUCCUCAUCCUCAUCAUCCUCAUCUUCACAACACAGGAGGAACUACAAGAACCAGUUUGCAGCCUGGCAUCUCUUUUUACUCACAACAGGUCUUUGUUUUCCAUUAGCAUAAAUUGUGUUCUUUUAGAAUUAGCAUAACAUCAAAAUGUGUUUUUUGUGGUGAUGCAAAUAAAUAUGUGGAAUUGUACAUUUAAUCAUACUUUUUUAUGACUUUUACUGUGGAAAGAUGAAUAGGCCUACUAUAUGUGAUUAAAUGAGUCAGCCAUUUUUGUGUUAGACAGUAUUGCAAAUGUUACAAGCCAUAAGAGUUUAAUUUAUUUCAGAAGAUACAACAAUGAUUGAACUGAGAGAUUUUAAAUAAUAAAAAUACAUUACAAAGACA